GCCUCCUUGGUGCGGCCCAUGGACUCAACCCUUGAUGUUGGCCCGCUUGUGCGGUCCAAGGGGGUGAACCCUCUCAAGUGGCACUUACAGUGGAAGUUUUUUAUUACCUUUGUUGUAAGGCCUUUGGAAGUUGCUUCGGAUUUGCAUAGUUGCUGAAAAGUUGCAUGAGGUACCGGAGACGCAAAAAGGAAAAGGAAAAGCAAAAGCAAAACGGCCACAUAAAAAGAAAGUGGAAACCACCACCCGAGCGAAAAAAAUGUGAUAACGUGGGAGCCCGAAGAGGAGUAUGCGUUAACCCGCGCUUUCAUCGAUGUUUCGGAGGACCCGGUCAUAUCAAACAAUCAAAGUAAAACCGUAUUUUGGAACCGAAUACGAGAACUUUUUUUCGAUCUCAUGGGUAGAGGAGACGAAUACCGCCUACCGGACUCUAUAUCGGGGAAGUGGACCGAUAUAAACAAGAAAUGCACAAACUUUCAAACCGUGUACCAACGCUUGUUUUCCGGAUGGAAAAGUGGAAGUAGCGAUGAAGACAUUACGCAAGAGGCAUUGGUCGAGUAUACGGAGGCUAAUGGCCAUUUCCCGUACAUGAGGUGUUGGCAAAUCCUUCGCCAUAGCCCCAAAUGGGCCACCGUAUCUACUCCGAGUGGUCGUUUGGGAAAUACACGGCCAUCAAAGAGGUCCAAAACAAACGAGUCGGGUGAACCCGAAACGCCAACCUCCGACGCUCGAAACACCGACUUGAACGAGGAUAUUCUGGAUGACGAGCCGGUGGAGGAGCUACCAAGACCGCCCGGAAGAAAAAGCCGGGCGAAAAAACCCGAGUCGUCGUCGAUGUCUAUGGGAACGGAUAUGAGUAACGCAUUUUCGGAGAUAAACAAGCGACUUCAAGACAUACACGAACUCGGUAAUAAAUGUUUGGAGGAGAACCACGAAGUUACGGAGAUUAUGCGGGAUAGACAUUGGGCUCACGACUUUGAGUUCUACUCGAAACCGCAUGACCACUUAACGGGAAAAGCUUUGAAAAUGGCGUUGGCACAAAAGGAGCUGAUUGAAAAAAAAUAUAACCUUUGA